GCAUUUGGGGUUCACAUAGGCAUUUGGAAGGAACAGUAUCGAUUGACCGACGUGCGCGAUCUCCAUUUCUUGAAUACUAGUUUAGUGGGAUUCUUUGUAUAUUCUGUAGUGAAGGGUAUUUGACCCUUUAAAAUUAUCCAAAAUGGUUAAAAUGGAGCAUGAUGAUGGUAAAAAUGAACCAGAACACGUUAGGAAAUUAUUUAUUGGUGGUUUGGAUUAUAGAACUACAGAUGAUUCUUUAAAGAAACAUUUUGAAAAAUGGGGAGAAAUUGUUGAUGUAGUCGUAAUGAAAGAUCCAAAAACAAAGCGAUCUAGAGGAUUUGGAUUUAUUACUUAUUCACGCGCACAUAUGGUAGAUGAUGCUCAAAAUGCAAGACCACAUAAAGUAGAUGGACGUGUAGUUGAACCUAAGAGAGCUGUUCCUAGACAAGAAAUUGGUAGACCCGAAGCUGGUGCAACAGUGAAGAAAUUAUUUGUAGGUGGUUUAAAAGAUGACCAUGAAGAAGACGAUCUUAAACAAUAUUUUCAGAGUUAUGGCACUAUAAAUUCGAUCAGUAUUGUAACAGAUAAAGAAACAGGCAAAAAGCGUGGUUUUGGUUUUGUUGAAUUUGAUGAUUAUGAUCCAGUAGAUAAAAUUUGUUUGCAACGUAAUCACCAAAUACGUGGCAAGCAUGUAGAUGUUAAAAAGGCUUUAAGUAAAGCAGAGAUGGCUUCUGCAUCAGGAGGUGGUGGUGGUAGUGGAGGUGGUGGUAGCAGAGGAGGACAGAAUGUAGGAAGGGGACCCCGUGGUGGUAAUCAGGGUGGCGGUAAUUGGGGAGGACGAGGAAGUGGUGGCGGUGGUGAUUGGAAUAAUGGUGGUAAUCAGGGUGGUUAUGGUGGAGGUAAUCAAGGAGGUUGGGGCGGUAACGGUCCUUGGGAAAAUCAGAAUCAAGGUAAAGGAGGUGGCUGGGGAGGUCAAGGAGGUCAAGGUGGAUAUAAUAGCGGUGGAAAUUGGAGCAACGAUAACUUUGGAGGAGGUUACCAGCAGGGCUAUGGCGGUGGACCAGUACGGAAUAAUUUCAACUCUGGAGGAAGACCUGCACCCUAUGGUAUUAAUAUGGGUCCUAGUGGCCGACAGUCCGGAGACUCGAGAUGGCUACCACCCUUCGGUGGACAAGGUCCUAUGGGUGGUGGAAAUUCUGGAGGUGGUGGUGGUGGUUAUGGUAAUCAAGGAGGAUAUGGAGGUAGUUCUCUUGGUGGUGGAAACAUGGGGGGUGGAGGUGGUGGAGGUGGAAGAAGAUACUAAAAUGCAUUAUCACUGGUUACUUCCCUCAUGUGGUAAGCAGAAUUUUAUUCUGAUUAUUUUUUAGAAUAUAUUAUUAAAUGAUGUCUCUUUAAUAUAUCAUUAAUAUAUAUAUAUUUAAAUUACAUUUUAAAAUGAAAAAUGAAAAAUAUUAUUUAAAUAAAUAUGAUUUGAAAUAAUAUCAUAUAUAAAAAGAAAACUUAUUUUUAUAAAUAAGUAAAAUAUAUGCGGAAUUUAAUUUGCUUUCAUGAUAUAUAUAUUAAAUAAUUUUGAAUAGAACUCAAUUGAGCUCUAAAAUCAAUUAUCUUUUAUUUUUUUUAUAAUUAUAUAGAUAGAUCAGGUAUAAUCAAUAACUGACAUUUUGUUCACAUGGGGUUAUUAAUUAUAGUUAAAUGAAAUCGGGUAUUACAAAAUAUUUGUAUCAAUAGUUCCCUUAUAUAAUUAUUUUUAUAUUAUAUACAUAUGUAUUAUGUAAUAUAUGUACACAUAUAUACAUAUAAGUAUUUACAAGUUAAAAAAAAAUUUUAUAUAUAUUUGACAUAAUUAUAAAAAAAGAAUUAUAUAAUUGUUACAUUUAAUGUUCAAUGUACAAACUUGUAAAUUUUUGGAUAUAAAUAUUUUUUUUAUUCUUUUAUUUCGUAAAAAAAUUUUUUUAUUUAUAUUAUAAAGAUAUUUUCUAAUUAAAUUAUAUGAAAUAAAUAAUAUAAUUAUAUUAUAUCAAUUAAUUGGGAAUAGUAAUGUAAUAGUAAAAUUAUAAUCCUAAUAAAAUUUAAUUUAUUU